GACCCACAUCCUCCCCAUAAGAAACGAAGACUCCGACAAUCUCACGACAAACGGGGCCUAAUAAGCGGCUUUGAGGCGGUGCUCGCGGCGUUGAGGCGGUGCUCGCGGCGUUCGGCGGUGAGCGAUGGAUAGGACCCAAUAUUUGCAGCAGUUCGUUGAUGAGACGGGCUGGUACAACAGCAUUGUUCUCGGCUUGAUUCUGCCGGAAUGGAUUUGGCGGCCUCUGCCUUUUCCGCUCCAGUCCUGGCUCCGAAACUACAUCGGUGGCAGUCUCCUUUACCUCGUUUCCGGAUUUCUUUGGUGCUUCUACAUCUACUAUCUCAAGCGCAACGCUUACAUUCCCAAAGAUUCUAUACCUUCUUACAGGGCCAUGAAAUUACAAAUAAUAGUUGCUAUGAAGGCUAUGCCUUGGUACUCUGCUCUUCCUACACUUUCAGAGUACAUGGUUGAAAGUGGAUGGUCCAAAUGCUUCUCUACGAUUAGUGAAGUUGGCUGGCCUAUGUACAUGGUCUACUUGUUGACUUACCUUGUUCUCUGUGAGUUUGGGAUAUACUGGAUGCACAGGGAGCUACAUGACAUCAAACCAUUAUAUAAGCAUCUUCAUGCAACUCAUCACAUCUACAAUAAACAGAACACACUCUCUCCCUUCGCUGGGCUAGCUUUCCAUCCUUUGGAUGGAAUCCUACAGGCUAUCCCCCAUGUUAUAUGCCUAUUCGUCAUUCCGACACACUUCAUGACGCAUGUAAUUCUCCUCUUCUGUGAAGCAAUCUGGACUGCAAACAUUCAUGAUUGCAUUCAUGGCAAAGUCUGGCCUGUAAUGGGUGCCGGUUACCACACAAUCCACCACACGACUUACCGCCACAACUACGGGCAUUACACUAUAUGGAUGGAUUGGUUGUUUGGAACUCUUCGUGACCCGGAAGACAACUAUAAGAAGGGAGAAUGAGAGGUGCAGUUUUCUUGAUCUUCUUCUACUUAAAAUAUCUGUGUUCCCAUGGUGUUUUACUUGACAACUUAUCAUGGCAUACUGGUUCCUGUGUUUCUUUGGUGGCUUUUCCAUCUUCGGCUGUCAUUGUAUUUUGCAUCUUAUUUUUAUAUAGUCUUAUUUAGAAGCAUCACUUCUUCUGUGCUCCUAGAUUAGUUACGUUAAUCUGAAGGGGAUGUGUACUAGCUCUUCAUAUUA